ACAGGCCUCACUGAUGAGCAGCUGAAGUCUCUGGAGAGCAUAUUUGAAGACACGUACAAAAAAAAGUAUCCCAUUGUGGGUUACACAGCAUCACGCAUCCUCACCGAGGAUGGAAGUCCCAACAAAGACUUCAAACCAGAGGAUCAGCCUAAUUUUCAAAUCAAAGAUGAGUUUUAAUCUCAUUUACCUUUUUGUAAAAUGUAGUUGUGAGAAAGUCUUGUUAUGGAGGACUUUGUUAGCUUUUUGAAUUCUUUCUCUUUACUUGACCAGAAUCAGAACCUAAUUUAUUUGAACUAAGGUUCACAUGCUUCUUUAUUAUAUGACAUAGCUUUAAUGUACCUUUUUUAUGUCAUGAGUAGAAGAAGUCUGUUUUGAUAAACUUCAGGGAAUGGAGAAUAAAAUGAUGCAGAUUUUUAAUACACUACACUUGUGUAUCAUAUUUGACCACGACUGGCUUCCAAACUAGUUGUGAUGACACGUGAAACUCAGAUUUAAGGUGAGCAAAGAAACUUUCAAAAAUGAAGUAAUAAUAAGUAAACGUACAUUUUUGAAUGGAGGGGGACUUUAAUUGUUUUUUUGGUUUUUUUACCUCUAGCCUCUACAUACAGUUGCAGUGCAUUAUAUGUGGUUACCGUGAGCCUUUGUCAGAGCAAUAAGAACAAAUAAACUUAAUGAACACAGGAACAUUAUUAGAUUUAUUUCACAGAAAGCCAUACAUGUCAAAUUAAAUGCCAUUUAGCGAUUAAGAAAGGGGAGAGUGAGCUGACAGACCAGAUAACUAGCUAAACAUCAGCACUCACAUUUCCUUGAAUGUGAUUUUUGUAGGAUUCUAACAGUCUUUCUCAUCAUUGAUCGUGAAGAAUUGCUUAAUCGUUCAGUCUGUACAAUAUCGCAAAAUUGCCCAGCGCAGUUUCCCUUAACUCGGUAAUGUCUACAGAUCUCUGUCUCUAUUUGUCCAAACCCCAACGUAUUCUAUAUACAGUGAUUUAAAGGGAAGAAAAGUAGAAAAAUGGCACAUGUGAGAAGCUGGAGCCAUAAAAUAUCAGGCCUUGAGUCUUUCUAAACAACUUUUUAUUAUUAUCAAAAUUGUUGCCAAUUAAUUUUCGGUUUACUGAAUCUUCUAUUAAUUGUUAUAGCGCUAGAUUUUAGUAUAAAAUGUAGGCAUUAAAUGCAUUAUCCACUAGAGUAUGUAUGUAUGUAUGUAUGUAUGUAUGAAAUUAAAAAACACUGAAUGUUUACAUGAUUAUAAUCAGUUCAUUUGUUUUGUGCCUGAUUUUGUUGUUGUACAAUUAUCAUUAAAGUCUGUAAAUCUCAA